AUGUCGCUCUCCAUCAACUCGGUGUCGGGGGUCGCCGUCAAAGACAUGGAAAUCUCGGUCCGAUUCCGCCAGGCAGCGCCCGUGGCAAUAUCGAGCAUCAGGGGCCCGGCCUCGAUGGCCCUGUUCGACGGCGACGACUUCAAGGCCGGCUCCGACGAACAAGAACUCUCACCAGACAAGCUGGUCGCCGAGCUGGACGAGAUCGACACACUGAGAGCCAGGGCGGGCGAGAUCCAUCGUAUCAUCCGAACGCACGAGAGGCUCGUCGCCGAGUCGUACGGCUGGGUCAGGGGACAGGCCCACCACGGCCCCAAGGGCUGCGAUAGCAUCGGCUGCUUCUCGCCUCGCUCUUCCACGGCGGCCACCGCCGCCCUCCCCAUCACCGCUGGCGCGGCCCCCCACGCUGGUGGCGCCACCGCCACCGCCAUCAUCACCCCGGCUGCGGCCCCGGCGGGCCCCCUGGCCAACCGCCGUCGCGCAGACCACAUUUCCGCCAUGGCCCGCCGGGAUUCCAUGGGCCCCCGCCGCCUCAUCAGCCUGACAUGCCUCAUCAACCUGACAUGCCAUCUCACCCUGACAUGCCUCAUCAACCUGACAUGCCUCAUCACCCUGACAUGCCGCCUCACCCGCCCUCGGACGAGGACGGCCGUCCGUUACCACCACCGCCCUCCUCAGACAAGCCUGAAGGGCCCGUCUCAGGGAAUGCAGACUGGAGCUGGCCGUCGACCAACCGCCCGUUACAUGGAUCGGGAGGUUACGGUCACGAAGGCCCUCAAGGGCAUUCUCCCGUGUUUGGCACCAGCCGUCACGCGGUGCAGGGCCAAGCGGGACAGGGAUGAGGACACAGAGGACACGACUUGGUGGCAGCGGUUCCAGGCGCGGAGGGAGGCGCGCAAGCAGCGCCGGGCCGCCAUCAAGCGCGCGCUGGGGCAAAUAGCCACAUCGCUGCGCAGAGUCGCUAGCGGCGUGUGCGGCGUCGCAGACGACGAGGAGAAGACGGCGAUGCUGGUCGAGAUGCAACACGAGCAGCAGCAGCAGCGGCCUGGCGGCGAAAGCCCUGAUGACAACAACAGCGACGGCGACAUGGAUACGACUGUGGACGAGGAGAUCGCGGGCCUUCGCGUCGCUGCCGACUUUGUGACCGACAUCAUCAUGGCCGAGCAGAACAGGGCCAGGAGACAGCAGCAGCAACAGCAGCAACAGCAGCAACAGCAGCAACAGCAGCAACAGCAGCAACAGCAGCAAACGGAAAUGGCGGCGACAGUACCACAGGCCGGUAGCGUGCCCGAUCGGGGCCAACGUCGGCCGUUCUCGUCAACGGCCGUGCUCACUGGUUACUCGACUGGGAGGCCAUCGACUGAUAGCGGUUAUAGCCGCUACAGCGAGGCUCUGCCGGCCUACGAGGCCACCGAGCCGUCGCCGCCGCCCGCCGAUGCAGAAACAAACACGUAUAAUCUGGAGGAGAACGCGUCGCCGGCCUCGAGUCUAGUGGCGGAUGGGCUCAUGUACACGCCUGGUUCGUCCGUGUACGUACCAGGGAGUCCCAGUUCCUCCCUGGCCGGUUUGGGUAGCGCCGACGCCCUUGGCGACACCAAGAAUUAG